AUGCUCAAAAUUCCAUCUAUUUGCGAAUAUUUCUGCUCAAAUGGGGCAAAUAUCAAUUUAAAAAGUGAAAAUGUACUUACAGCUCUUCAUAUUGCAGCAUAUGAUAAAAGUAAAGAAACAGCCGAACUUCUUAUAUCACAUGGUAUAAAUAUCAAUGAAAAAGAUAGAAGUGAUAUAAUAAAUUUAUGUGUUUAG